GUGGUUAUCAGUUUUAUAUUGACAUACAAAUUUCUAAAAAUAGUAAAUAGAAUAUGCAUAUGAUAGGCUUACAUUUCUGUAUUAAAAUAAAAUAUAUAAUACAAUUUUCCAAAAUAGCUAAAUACGAAAAAGAAAAUACUAGAAAUCAAUUAAUUUCAUAAUAUUAAUAUAUAAUCGCAUUUACUGAGAUAAAAAGGCAACUAAUAGUUUCGAUAUGGCGAAUGAUAGGGAAGUACUACGUGAAAUAUGGGAUGGAAAACUGCCCAUAUGUUUUCAAUUAGAUCAGGAAGAAAUAAUGGAGAUUCAACAGCCUGAUCCAUUUUAUGUCAUGGUACCCAGGUUAAGUUAUUUUCCUCUCGUUACGGACAAGAUGAAAAGACAUUUUCUACGCUUCAUUUCUCAAGAAAAUGCAGAUAAUGAAAUGUGGUUGGAUUACAAUGGGCAACCAUUAAAAUGGCAUUAUCCUAUAGGCUUUUUGUAUGAUCUCUAUUGUGGUAAUGAUCCACAGCUUCCUUGGAUGUUGACAGUACACUUUACAAAGUUCCCUGAAGAUAUUCUCUUGCAUUGUCCUAACAAAGAUGUAGUUGAAGCUCACUAUAUGUCAACUGUAAAAGAGGCUGAUGUACUUAAACACAGAGGCCAAGUUAUGUCUACAAUGCAAAAAAAAGACCAUAACCAGUUAUGGUUAGGUUUGCAAAAUGACAAAUUUGAUCAAUUUUGGGCCAUUAACAGAAGGCUAAUGGAAUCUCAUGGUGAUAAUGAAGGAUUUAAACAUAUUCCAAUAAGAAUCUAUGCAGAUGAUGGGGUUUGCAAUCAACGUCUUGUCAAUCCUAAGAAUACUGAUGGUAGUCGAAAAGUUCUUCAGCAAAUGAUCAAUGAAAUUUAUCCAGAGAGAAUAAAUGUUAAAUUAAAGACCCAUGGAAUUGUAUUACCUUUGGACACACCAUUACAAUGGCUUUCUGAACAUAUGAGUUAUCCUGACAAUUUCUUACACUUGUGUUUAUGUUGAAACUUAUAUUUAUUCUGUAAAUUUAUUUGUUAUAAGGAAAAAAUAUAAUUUUACUAAUAUUUAUAAAGACAACUUUCUUAGAUGAAUAAAUAUACCCAAUAUAUACUUUUAAAAUAA